AUGGAGAACGGUGGAAUCGAGGAGGCCGACGAUGCACUGCCGGUGCCCGCGCCGCCCAAUGGGCGGCGGUACCGGCCGGUCGGGUCGAGCGACCGCGCCGUGAUCCAGAUGACUUCCAUGGAGCCGGGAUCCUCCUCUGCCACCAUCGAUGCCGUCGUGACGCCCCAGCCGCCAAGGAACCUGAAGCCUGAUGCUAAUCUAACUAUUAAUCCAAGUAUGCGGGAAGGUUCUCCUGAUGAUCAUGGUACAUCCAGUGGAUCUCAAGGGGAUUCAAAGCUAGAGCUCUUUGGUUUUGAUUCUCUUGUAAAUAUAUUGGGCCUUAAGAGCAUGACAGGAGAGCAGAUUCAGGCCCCUUCAAGUCCUAGGGAUGGCGAGGAUGUUGCAAUUACCAUUGGGCGCCCCAAGCAAAGUGGACCUAAGUUCGGCACCAUGAUGGGUGUCUUUGUUCCAUGCUUGCAGAAUAUCUUGGGAAUCAUUUAUUAUAUCCGUUUUACCUGGAUUGUAGGUAUGGCAGGUGUAUGGCAGUCACUUGUGUUAGUUUCAUUUUGUGGUGCAUGCACAUUUUUAACCUCGAUAUCAUUAAGUGCCAUUGCAACGAAUGGAGCUAUGAAGGGUGGUGGACCAUAUUAUCUUAUAGGCCGUGCACUUGGUCCUGAAGUUGGAGUUAGUAUAGGAUUAUGCUUCUUCCUCGGGAAUGCAGUGGCUGGAUCCAUGUAUGUGCUUGGGGCUGUAGAAACCUUUCUUGAUGCUGUUCCUUCUGCUGGACUUUUCCAAAAGAGUGUAACAGUUGUCAACAAUACAUUAGUGAAUGGUACAGAAACUGCUGGCGUGUCAACUAUAUCUACACCCAGCUUGCAUGAUCUUCAAGUGUAUGGUGUUAUUGUGACCAUACUGCUGUGUUUUAUUGUGUUUGGUGGUGUCAAAAUCAUCAACAAGGUUGCACCUGCUUUCUUAAUACCAGUCCUGUUUUCUUUGCUGUGCAUCUAUCUUGGUGUCUUCAUUGCACCAAGGCAUAAUGCUCCAAAGGGAAUCACUGGGUUGAGUAUAACCACAUUGAAAGACAAUUGGGGUGAAGACUAUCAACGAACAAACAAUGCUGGUGUUCCUGAUCCAAGUGGAUCAAUAUAUUGGGAUUUCAAUGCUUUGGUAGGUCUCUUUUUCCCAGCAGUCACUGGAAUUAUGGCUGGCUCAAACCGAUCUGCUUCACUGAAAGAUACACAGCGUUCAAUACCAAUUGGCACAUUAUCUGCAACUCUUACAACAACUGCUAUGUACCUGUUCUCUGUGCUUCUAUUUGGAGCCUUGGCCACACGGGAGGAGCUUCUAACUGAUAGGCUUCUUACUGCUACAGUGGCUUGGCCUGCUCCUGCAGUGAUUUACAUUGGUAUUAUUCUGUCAACCUUAGGUGCAGCACUGCAGAGUUUGACUGGGGCUCCAAGGUUGCUUGCAGCAAUUGCGAAUGAUGACAUUCUUCCGGUUCUUAAUUACUUCAAAGUUUCUGAGGGAUCCGAGCCGCAUGCGGCCACUUUAUUCACGGCUUUCAUCUGUAUUUGCUGUGUUGUUAUUGGAAACUUGGAUUUGAUUACACCCACUAUCACAAUGUUUUUCCUUCUGUGCUAUGCCGGCGUGAACCUGUCAUGCUUUCUGCUUGACCUCCUGGAUGCUCCUAGCUGGCGCCCUAGAUGGAAAUUUCACCAUUGGAGCCUUUCACUUGUUGGGGCAUUGCUCUGUAUUGUGAUUAUGUUUCUGAUCUCCUGGUCUUUCACUGUUGUCUCCCUUGCCCUUGCAAGCCUCAUCUAUUACUAUGUGAGCAUAAAAGGGAAGGCUGGAGACUGGGGAGAUGGGUUCAAGAGUGCAUACUUUCAAUUGGCACUCCGAAGUCUCAGAUCACUUGGAGCAAACCAAGUGCAUCCUAAGAAUUGGUACCCCAUUCCUCUGAUAUUCUGCCGUCCAUGGGGUAAACUUCCGGAAAAUGUUCCUUGUCAUCCAAAACUUGCUGACUUCGCUAAUUGUAUGAAGAAGAAGGGCCGUGGUAUGUCCAUUUUUGUCUCGAUAAUUGAUGGUGAUUACCAUGAACUAGCUGAGGAUGCAAAGACUGCCUGCCGCCAACUGGAUGCUUACAUUGACUACAAACGCUGUGAGGGUGUUGCGGAGAUCAUUGUAGCUCCUACUAUGUCUGAUGGCUUCCGUAGCAUUGUGCAGACAAUGGGCCUAGGAAACUUGAAGCCAAACAUUGUUGUGAUGCGGUACCCUGAGAUCUGGCGGCGUGAGAAUUUGACACAGAUACCGUCAACAUUUGUCAGCAUAAUAAAUGACUGCAUUAUUGCUAACAAGGCAGUAGUGAUUGUGAAGGGACUCGAUGAGUGGCCUAAUGAGUACCAGCGACAGUAUGGGACUAUUGACCUCUACUGGAUUGUAAGAGAUGGAGGAUUGAUGCUUCUUCUUUCUCAGCUCCUGCUGACAAAGGAGAGUUUUGAGAGCUGUAAGAUCCAAGUCUUCUGCAUAUCUGAAGAGGAUACCGACGCAGAGGAGCUGAAGGCUGAUGUCAAAAAGUUCUUGUAUGAUCUUAGGAUGCAAGCUGAGGUCAUUGUUGUCACUAUGAAAUCAUGGGAGUCACACAUGGAGAGCAGCAGUAGCGGUGCUCAGCAGGAUAACUCCUAUGAGGCUUACACAAGUGCACAGCAAAGGAUCAGAACAUACCUUGACGAGAUGAAGGAAACUGUUCAAAGAGAAAGGCAGCCACUAAUGGAGAAUGGGAGGCAAGUUGUUGUGAAUGAACAGAAGGUUGAUAAAUUCCUUUACACAAUGUUCAAGUUGAACUCCACGAUACUCAGGUACUCCAGAAUGGCAGCUGUAGUUCUUGUGAGCCUUCCACCACCACCAUUAAAUCACCCUUCAUAUUUCUAUAUGGAGUACAUGGAUUUGCUUGUAGAGAAUGUCCCACGCAUGUUAAUAGUCAGGGGAUAUACGAGAGAUGUUGUCACAUUUUUCACAUGA